UCGAGCAAACGUAAUAUUGGACCGUCGUGAGAAACGAGAAGUAAACACAAGUCGGAUCACAGAAGAAUACAAUCAUUAGUAAAUGCAAACAAAGAGUAAAAAUGCGAUUUCUACGAUAAAACAUGGCACAGUUAAAAAGAAAAAGUAGCUGGUGUGUACCGUCAUUUGAUUGUGAGCCAGCGAGCAAGACUCUGGUGAAGCGAACUAGCAAAGGUAAUGAGAAUUUGUUUGAUAAAUCAUUUACACAAGACAGUUUCAAGAAAGUGAGACAUGAGACCAGUCUGUCAAAACUGCUCGAGGCUUGCGAGCCUCAGAAAUCCUCCGAAUUGGCGAUCAGCAAACAGAAGCAGAAAGAAAUUACUGACUGGUUUCAGUGUGGAGCGUUGAGAGGACAGCCGUCUAUGCUGAUCCUCUCCGGUCCUUCUGGUUGUGGAAAAACCGCAGCCAUAAAGUUACUUGCUAAAGAAAAUGGAUUUGAUGUCAUAGAGUGGAUCACUCCCAUUGAUCCAGCUGAAGAUGAAAACAAGCAUAUAAUGCGGCAAGGAGACAGAUUUGAGGAUCACUUGAUUCGCGCUACGCGUUAUCACACGGUACUAGGCAGCUGUUCCAAACAGCUGCUUCUUGUUAAGGAUCUUCCUAAUGUAUAUCAGGAAGAUCACAAGGCCUUUUUUGCUCUUUUAGAAAAUUAUUUCCAGAUAGGAAAACAGCCUGUGAUAUUCGUUUGCACAGAAACCGGAAACUCGAGAUUGAUGCAAACCUUGUUUGCUCCUGCUAUAAGGGAGAAAUUCGGCAUUCGUGACAUUAGCGUAAACGCGGCUACGCAAACCUCAAUAAAAAACGUACUAAAGCGUGUGUCCAAUAUAUUGAAUACCGUUGCCAGCGACAUGCUGCACGUCUCUCAGCACCAUAUCGACGAAAUAUUGUCCAAUAGCAUAGGCGACGUGCGUAGUGCUGUUUUAAAUUUAAUUUUUAUUUCUCUUAAAGUGCCCGGGCGACAUUUGAAAAGUGAUUGCGGUCUGCGGGGGGAAACCUUGGGUCUGUUGCGUGGAAUCGGAAGAGUCACAAAUCCGAAAAGAGAAUCAGAUGGCAAUUCCUUCAAGUUCGUGCAUGAUCCUGAAGAAAUAGCCGGGUACUUUACUUCGCAUUCAAUGGUUUUCGUUCAGUUUCUUCAGGAAAAUUAUUUGAACACGAUACGAACACUCGAGGAAGCCAGUGUAGCGUCCGAUAUCUUGAGCUUGGCCGAAGUUUUCAAUUCCGAAUGGCGUGAUCGUAAUUUGGGUAAAGUCGCAUUGUCGUAUUGUAUCCGUGGCUUGAUGCUGGCCAAUGAAAAGCCUGUAACUGCAUGGAAUCCGGUGAGAAAACCGCGAGACACUCAGAACAUACGACGAUGCUUGAUAACAGCCGAGAAACAAUGGUACGAGUCAAUAAUCAAACCUUCGUCCGUCUCGAAAGAAAGUGAAAAGAUAUCAGAUGAAGAUACGGAAAUGACUAUUGUUGAAGAUUAGCGAAUGUAUAUUGAACUUAUUU